AGUAGAGCAGCCCUGACUGAGAUGAACUGGGACAACCAGCUGAGCUCCAUCCUCUCAGCAGCUGAUGGCAGCGUUGCCAAGAUGAGGGUGAGUAGCCAGUAGAUGGCACUAUGACAUAAUUAUACAUACGUGGCAGUGCAUUACCAAGGGCUUCAUCAGAAGAGAUGGCUGCUCAUUCUUAGCAGUUGGCUAGAUACUAGUUUUACAGUAUAUGAUAGGGUAUUUAUGAACUUCAAGGUUUCUAUGUACUUUCCCACUGUGUGUGUUGACGGUGUUCAUGUUUCCCCAGGAGAGACUGACCACGCCAGGGAAAUAUCCAAAAGGAAGAGAAGGUGAGGGGAGAUCUCUGUUGUCUGUAAGAUGGCUGACUGACACACUUUGUCUGUUGGCGAUUCCCCCUUUUUUUCUGCUCCUUCUUAUUCUCCCUAUCUCUCUCUCUCUCUCUCUCUCUCUCUCUCUCUCUCUCUCUCUCUCUCUCUCUCUCUCUCUCUCUCUCUCUCUCUCUCGCUCAGUAGAUCUCUAUCCAGUGAGGGAGGUGGCUAGUGUGUCAAAUUUGGAGCUCCCUCGUCUCCCCCCUCUCCCCGAGCCCUCCACCUCUCUCCUCCCCCCUCCCUCCUCCGCGGUGCAGUGGGCAGACCUGGCAGCCGUGCAAUCACAACUGCAGAUCCAGAGGCAGGUCCGUGUGUGUUGUGUGCGCGCAUACGUGUGUUCAUAUAUAACUCGAAUUUCUAUUACAUAAAAGGUGCAUAAAUAGCCCUACAUUUUAGUUAAUUUCUUCUUCUUCCUCCUCAUCUUUUUGUUCUAAUGGUUGACAGGCCAUAGAGUCUCUGACCCAAGGUCUUCAUGAUAUGGACAGAGAGAGACACUCUCAGCAGCGCCACAUACAGGCACUACAAGGUACAUACACCUGUCAUUAUCACACAACACUAACAUUUACUGCUCACAGGAAUAUACCAAUCUUGAUUGGUUGAGUGAUUGAUUUGUUGAUCGAGUAUUGUAGAUGUGUUAUUCUUCUGUCUCUCACAGACGAGGUUCGCAGGCUGCGAGAGCAGGCGAAGGAGAGGGAGAGAGAGCGGGAACAAGAAAGGGAUGGAGAGAGGAGAGGGUCAGGGAUGACGAGUCCGGGAGUGGAGAGAAGGAUGGAGCAGUGGAGGAGAGAGGUGGGCCGUGAGCUCAGCACUCUGAGAGGGCACAUCACCAGAGCCACAUCGCAAGGCAACCUGGAGGAGAGGUGAGGGGGCUGGGUUUUACUCACCUGUGAGGUUCAGGUGCUCUUUAUUUCAUGCGUAGCCCAAAUGCAAAUCAACCAUUAGCCCCUAGUAUGGAACCAUACCAGUUUGGAUCAGUUUGGUGAAAGCUGAUCGUUGUCCUUUAUAGUUUCAGCUCUAAGCUGCGAAGGGAGGAGUUGGAUCAUUUGAGGAGAGAGGUGGACACACUCAAAACCCAGCUCAGUGAGUCUCACAUACACAGUCUGUUCUCAGGUUUUUCUGCAGGACUACACAUGUCUCAGACUCAGAGCUGUAGACAGGGCAAGCACAGUCUCGCUUACUCCUACUCCUUUUCUUUCAUCUUACGUGUGUUUGUGUGUGUGUGUGUGUGUGUGUGUGUGUGUGUGUGUGUGUGUGUAUGACAGGGAGGCAGGAGGAGGACGUGUUUCUUCAGCAGUCGGAGGCCAGAGAGACGAGGAGGCAGUAUGAACGCAGCUGCAAGGUAUUAAUGAAUGAAGGAAUUGAAUGAAUGAUUGAAUAAUUAAAGAAGGUAAUUUGAGUGACUUGUUUUCUCUCUGUCUCGUGAACUCUAAACUUUGCCUUUCCCCAGACAGUAGAGGAACUGACAGACAGCUACAGAAACCACAGCUUUGACCUGGCCAAGACUGUCUCACAACACAUACACACAGAGCAGGAGGUUCGCCAGAUCAGGUGUCCGUGCGUGCGUGCGUGUGCGUGCGUGUGCGUGUGUGUGUGUGUGUGUGUGUGCGUGUGCGUGUGCGCGUGUGUGUAAUGCUAUCACUGUGUCCUGCAGGGUAACUGUAUCAGAGCUGAAGGAUGAGAUCAGGAGUCUGAUUCUCCGGGAGAGACAACACACACCUACUGUUACACUACGCACAGCAGGUAAGAGACACACACAACACACACACACAUAUAUACUCACCUGAGUAGUUUAACCCUGUUUGUCUAUAACCUUCUCCCCCCUCCAGUUCCAGCAUUAGCUGCCUUCUCCCGCCGCAAAGAGGUCAGGGGUCAAAAGGAGGAGCCAGCCUCAGACUCUGAUGACUUUAGUCCCACCCCCAGUCUGGCUGAGGUCAGCUCUGAUGACCUGUCCUGGCUGGACGAUAGAGAAACAGGUACACACACACACAUGUUGCUCCUCUCUGUGAGGAGCAGAGUGAGUCCCAUAUGGGUACAAUUUGUUUCAGAGGAACAGAAAGUGUUGUAACCCUCUCCCAUACCCAUACACACCACACAUGUACAUUUGGGCUGUAGAUCUAACUGUUUUAGGGACUCAUCACAACAUGUCUGACUCACCAAAGAACAGGAGGCUGGUUUAACAGCGUCUGUCUGUGUGUGCAUGCGUGCCUGCCUGAUUUGUGUAGAUAGAUCUAGCACAAAGGAAGAAAUAUAUUUUAUAGUUGUUAUUAUGAGUUUGAAAUAUGUUUUAUUAGAUUUGUGUGCGCACACUCAGAUAUUGGAGUUGGAUGUGGGCUCAUGUAAGACACACACCAGUGACCUCCAUUGAAUGUGUGUUAUGUGACUGACUGUAGCUCUGCUUGCCUAAGGAGUGGACAGAGAAUCCCUCAUUUCCUCUCCAUCGAUGUCCGCUGGUCAGCAGUUUGAGAAACGUGUGUGUGUGUGUGUUUUUGGAUGGGAUCCUAAACACUUCCUGUAGGAUGGUAGUGUGUGUGUGUGUGUGUGUGUGUGUGUGUGUGUGUGUGUGUGGCAUCAUCUAAUCUAAUUAUCCUGGCUGCAUGCGUCUCGAUUGCUCUGGGAAACAUUUAGAGGUCUGAUCCCAAUCUCUCUUACGGUAACACUAGCCUACUGCUAAAGCCCUUGGGACUAGUAUGCACACACACACACGUUGACUGGUCUCUCUUUCAGCUCCUCGUCUAGCAGUACCUCGGGUACGCCAGAGCUCCCAUUCUGCAGGAAAUUACCUCAGAGGACCAGGAAGUGGUCUGGACGAUGAUGAUCUUGAUGAUGAUGAUGGGAACCUGGAGUUGGGGUCAGACAGCCCCCCCGACCUCAGCCUCAAUGACCUUUGAGAGGCUCCGUCAUGCCAUAGUGUUCUAGAAUGCUAGGAGUUCUUUCUUUGAGAAGUUUUAAAUGUCUCCACAUGUGGAGACUGAUAAAGAAUGUUUUGGGCACAAACCUCAAACCCUGACUAAAGAGGAUGAUGAAAAGGCUCAACUCAGCUUGAGAAAAAGAAAGAACCUUAUUUUAUAAACUCGUAUGUGAUUAUGUGCUGUCUAUGUUGUCUUGUCAGUGUUUUUGGGGGGGAAAGUGUACAAUAGGGUUUUGCAUUACACACCAGUAGUAUUUACAGUGAGGGAAAAAAGUAUUUGAUACCCUGCUGAUUUUGUACGUUUGCCCAC